GGGAGCUUAGCUGGAUGUGUCAGAGCUCAAAGCCCAGAUAAUUAUAGCCUACCUCCCCGGCUGCUGUGAAUGGCCAUUUGAGUUGCAGCUGGGUGUUUUGCAUGGAUAAACGUGGGCACUUUUGUCUCCAUUGAUUGCCCGUUGAAAUACACAGAAUGUUGUAGGGAUUAGGCCACUGCGGUCGCACAGGCACGAGGCAGUCACCGCUGUUGUCACCCGCGCUGCCUUGUAAGCGUUUCAAUUCAGACCCGUCCGCACGUAUCCGAGAAGAAGGCUUCCAUAAUCUGUCCGAAACGCACACUGCUGCUGCAGCGGCAAAACAACAACAACAACAAGAGACGGACGGGAAAUCGUUACAGCAAACAACAGCUCGCAUUCAGAUACGCUUCACAUUCGCGUCAGGCGGUGGAGAGCUGGCGCGGGGCGGGAGCUGUCAGUCACCGCACGCCUCUCUGUGAAUUGAUCGAGUUGAACAGCUGAGGACUCGGUCGUUCGACGGGAGGGAGAGACCAGGAGCAUCGCGGCGCAACGCUACCGCUUCGGAUUGCUCCUGCAAGCCAGUCCGGAGAGAGUGGGGGUGUAAACGGAUCCACUGCGAAGGCAUUAAGUGCUGCUCGGAUUAUUGUUUUCAUUAUAAUCUACGCAGGGGGUGCAAAACCAGUGAGCGUGAAACAAAGCGACCGAACCCCCCCUAGACAAUAGACUGGGCAUACAGCUGUCCGAGCGCCCAGUUACUAGGCGAGCUCCUCAAAAGCCGAGGAGACGAGCGGGGGUGACAACCGCCUCCGGGAAUCUAUUUUUGGGGACGAAGAAGGAGACGCCAGUCAGAGAGAAGAGCAGAAAGAGGGGUGGACAUUAGCUGCAUCCUAAAUUCUGUCAUGUUUUCGCUCUCUUCGGAAAGGGAUUAACAUAUUGCGGGUUAUGCAGAGCACCGAAUUGACACAUGCGGUCCAUCGGGACAUAGGUAGUGGGGGCCAGUGAAUCUCGAUUCCGGCUGUCUUUCCGUCUUCGGCGUCCCAACAUAAUAGCUUCAACCGGAGCACACAUAAAGCAAUUUUGUGGACAUCUGGAUCGCAACACCAUCGUCAUUUCUUUUAUUUGUUUAAGUAAUUCUUUAUUAUUCAUGACAAAACGGGGUUCCUUGUUAAAUGCAGCAUUGAACAAAGGAUUUGGGAGAAAGACAACGCGAACAAUAACCCCUGUUCUACCGUCCUAAAUAAGUCCCCUCUCUUGCUCUUUGGAGCGCUCACCCAGGAAGGGGUAUUGCCUGCUUCGGGCGUACCGUAGAACCCUGAACUCCAAUUUGGCUGGGGCUCCGUGCAGCGUAAACGCCAGCCGUGUGCGGAGAGUGCAAUUGCAAACUCAUCACCUGGGGCUGAGUCCGAAAUGUGACAUUUUUCUCUCCAAAACACGUGUCACGUGCGUCCAGCAAUCGAGGAUUUGUUUACAUCUCAAGUCAGUGAUGGCAGUGUUCCCUUUGCUCAUCUCGCUGCUCCCCCUGGUGGCGGGUGUGUCAGCGGCGGAGGAAGAGGCGGAGGAGGCGGUGCCGUUCGGCUGCGGCGCCUUGGGCCUGCAGCGGCCCUACACCAAGCUGUGCGACCUGGAGGCGGUGUGGGGCGUGGUGGUGGUGGCGGCUGCGGGCGGUGGCGUGCUGGCGGCCCUGCUGCUGGGCCUGACACUGCUCUGCCGUCUGCGCUCCGUCACCGAGGCGGAGAAGCGCAGCGGCGUGGGCCCGCUGCUGCUGCUGCUGCUGGGCGUGGCCGGCCUCUUCGGCCUCAGCUUCGCCUACCUGGUGGAGCGGGACGAGCGGCUUUGCGUGGUGCGCCGCGCCCUCUGGGGGGUGCUGUUCGCCCUCUGCUUCUCCUGCCUGCUGGCUCAGGGCUGGCGGCUGCGCGGGCUGGCGCGGCGGGGCCGGGGCCCCCGCGGGUGCGCCCUGGUGGGGCUGGGGCUGGCGCUCACCCUGGUGCAGGGCAUCGUGGCGGCCGAGUGGCUGCUGCUGACCGUGCUGCGCCUGGGCCAGCCGGCCUGCCAGUUCCAGCCGCUGGACUUCGCCCUGGCCUGCAGCUACGUGCUGGUGCUGCUGCUGGCGGCCCUGGCGGCCUCCGCCCUGGCGCUCUGUGGGAAGGAGAGGCAGUGGCGCUGUAACGGGGUGUGGCUGCUGCUCUCCUGCCUGGCCUCCGUCCUGCUGUGGGCCGCGUGGCUGGGCUUCUAUCUCUACGGCAACGAGGUGCUGGGCCGCUCUCCGGACUGGGACGAGCCGGCGCUGGCGGUGGCGCUGGUGGCUCAGGGCUGGCUGCUGCUGCUCUUCCACGCCAUCCCCGAGGCCCACUCCUGCCUGCAGCCCCCACCCCAGCCCUCCGCCCCCGACUACUUCGACACCUCGCAGGCCCCGCCCCGCAUGAGGGAGACCAGCUUCGACGAGGACGUCCCCCUCUCGCACCGGCAGUUCGUGGAGAACCAGGCCUUCGCCUUUGACGAGCAGAGCGCAGGGCUGCGGGCGGGGGGGAAUGGGAACAGCAGCACAGGCCCUCGUCCCAGUGCCCCUUUCCGCAGCAACGUGUACCAGCCCACUGAGAUGACCAUGAUCCUGAACGGGGGCGCGGUCCCCUCCGCACCCCCCACCUACACGGGGAGGCAGCUGUGGUGAGGGAGAGGUGAGAAGAGGAGGAGAGGUGCCUGUCUC